AUGUUAGAUACUCCUUAUGCUCCUACUGUCAGACCAUUAACACUUGCUGAAGAUCCUCAAGUACAACGACCUCGCAAGAUUCUUCUGACUAUGCUCGGCAUUUGUCUUGUUCUUUGUUUGGGCAAUACAAUUGUUGGAAUCGUGAAUCGUAUAGCAAAUCCUCAAGGAAGUGCAGAGCUUGGUCUACCUCUUUUGUCAAUUCUUUUCUACGGCUUUGGACUAUUCGUCACUUCUAAAUAUUCUGAAACAGGCUUGCGCGUGUUCGCUUGGCUGGGUGUGAUCAUGCUUAUUGGCAUGAGUAUUGUACUUGUAUUUGUCUUCAUGGGUGUUCUCGCAGAACGUCAUUCACACGUUGGUGGUACAUGGUAUGCAAAUCGAUAUCCAGAUUGUCAAGUCGAUAUUCCAUCGAAUCUGUAUUCAUAUUCAUUUGAAAUUAAUCCACAAUGCAGUCAUUAUUAUAGUCGUCAAUCUGAGAUUGCUGACUAUUUAGAAAAAUGUACAGACAACUAUGGUAUCCGUUCAUAUAUUCAUUUUGAUACGACAGUUACUCGAUGUGAUUGGCUUGAUGAACGGCAACUAUAG